GAGAGACAUAGUCCACGCAGGAGACCGCAGGAGAGAGGACGCUUCCCGCCGCUCACAGGAGACAAACUCCUGUUUACCCGAGGGGAGACUCAGACUCAAACAGCUGCUGGAAUUUUACACUUUCUGAGUCCAGCAAAGUCCGCAGCCACCAUGAAGCUGAAGCUGAAGCUGCCAAACCCGGGACUGGAUGACCGGAUCCCUUCUCACAUGGAACUGGAGAGGAUGGAGACGGAGGAGGCGGGGGACAGGCCGAAAUGGGACAACAAAGCCCAGUAUCUGCUCACCUGCGUGGGCUUCUGUGUGGGACUUGGCAACGUGUGGAGGUUCCCUUACCUGUGUCAGAGCCACGGGGGAGGUGCGUUCAUGAUCCCAUUCCUCAUCCUGCUGGUACUGGAGGGAAUCCCACUUCUGCACCUGGAGUUUGCCAUCGGUCAGCGCCUGAGAAAGGGCAGCGUGGGAGUCUGGAGCUCCGUCAGUCCAUACAUGACUGGAGUCGGUAUUGCAUCCAUGCUUGUGUCAUUUCUGGUGGGUAUGUACUACAACACCAUCAUGGCCUGGAUCAUGUGGUACCUCUUCAACUCCUUUCAAAAUCCCCUGCCCUGGAGUCAAUGCCCCCUCAAUGCAAACGGGACAGGCCAGGUGGAGGAGUGCGCUCGGAGCAGCACCGUCGACUACUUCUGGUACAGAGAGACGCUGAACACCUCCACAGCUAUUGAUGAUUCUGGGAGUCCACAGUGGUGGAUGGUGUUGUCCCUGGUGGCUGCCUGGACUCUGCUCUACGUCUGCUGCAUCCGCGGCAUCGAGACCACCGGAAAGGCUGUGUAUGUGACCUCCACCCUGCCGUACCUUGUCCUCACCAUCUUCCUCAUCCGAGGUCUGACCCUGAAAGGAUCCUUCGAUGGAAUCAAGUUCCUGUUCACACCAGACGUAAAUGAGUUAAUGAAUCCAACAACCUGGUUGGAUGCAGGCGCUCAAGUUUUCUAUUCCUUCUCUUUGGCCUUCGGAGGUCUCAUCUCUUUCUCCAGUUACAACUCUGUUCACAACAACUGCGAGCAGGAUGCCGUUCUCAUCUCUAUCAUCAACGGCUGCACGUCGGUGUACUCGGCGACUGUGAUCUACUCCAUCAUCGGCUUCAGGGCCACGGAGAAGUUUGACGACUGCACAGGAGACAAUAUCCUCAAGCUGAUGAAUGCCUUCAACUAUGCCGAAAACAACAUCACCGAAAGCAACUACGAUGUUGUUCUGUCGCAUCUCAACCAGACAAAUCCAGACAUCAUUCAAAGAUUGCAAUUACAGACCUGUGACUUGCAGGCUUUUCUCAGUCAGGGUGUGGAGGGAACAGGUCUGGCCUUCAUUGUGUUCACGGAGGCCAUCAUCAAAAUGCCGAUUUCUCCUCUGUGGGCCGUCCUCUUCUUCGUCAUGCUUUUCUGCCUCGGCCUCUCCACCAUGUUCGGGAACAUAGAGGGAGUCGUGGUUCCUUUGCAGGACCUCAAUUUGCUGCCUCGAUCUUGGACCAAGGAAGUUCUCUGUGGUCUCACUUGCCUGGUCUCUCUGGCUCUUGGCAUCAUCUUCACCCUGCGCUCCGGGAACUACUGGCUGGCUCUCUUCGAUAACUUCGCUGGCUCCAUCCCUCUUCUGGUCAUCGGCUUUUGUGAAAUGUUUGGUGUCAUGUACAUUUAUGGCGUAGAUAGGUUUAACGAGGACAUCGAGUUCAUGAUUGGUCACAAGCCCAAUAUAUUCUGGCAGGUGACGUGGAGGUUUGUCAGUCCAGUCAUUAUGGUCGUCAUCUUGGUUUUCUACUUUGUCACCCAAAUCACCAACAAUCUCACUUAUUUGGUUUGGGACCAAGAGGCGGAGAACUUUCCCACCCUUGAACCACGUCCAUACCCUUCCUGGAUCAACAUCAUCAUCUUCAUUCUGGCCGGAAUUCCCAGUUUAUCCAUCCCAGUGGUCGCCCUCUACAAAUUCAUCCAGAUCAAAUGCUGCAAGCAGGAUGACUUAAGAGUCGACUCAGUGGACACGAUCUCUGCCCAAAUACAAAUGAGCGACAAAAGGAAGUUUUAGAUUUAUUCUCAUAUUUAAAAACAAAAUGGACGUUGUCUUGUCUUAUCGUGUUUUGUAUGGCUUAAACAAUAACAGCACAGUAGUGAGUACGGAAAAGAAUUAUGUAAUUCGGCAGAAGAUAAUUCAUUUGUGCUGUAUUGAUUUCAUACAGUUGUGAUAUUGUAUUCUUGUUGUGUCAUGGUUCACAUGUUGUACAUUAAAUUAAAAGUUGGACUUUUUGGUAGAUGAUCCA